GUGCGAGUCAAUAGAAACAAUACCGGAUGUAAAACGCGAAAGUCAGUAAGUCAAAAGUACAACAGCCUGUUAAAGGAUAAUCCGUGCAAUUCGUUAGUGGUUGUCAUGCAACAGUUCUAUUGCACUAAAUAUCGUAUGACUUGAGUUCUUGUGAGAACAUCAAGUUAAUGCGAUGCCAUUCUCCAGCUAGAAGCAAGUUGAUGUUAGUGACCUAAAGCAAUGUUUGUAUACAUUGCUAAAACCUCGAUGGGGUCUUCAAGAGUUCACUUUUUCAGAAGAAUGAGCCCUCAGCAUGACACAAUAAGCGAAAACCCAGAUGAUUGCAUGCGCGCUGUCUGGCGGGGUCGAUUCAGCGGUGAGUCUACACCUGCUCCUAAAAAGGCUGCCUCGCCGGCUUAUCAAAGCAGUCUUUAUGAAGAAUUGGAACGAAGGUGGAGACAACGUCUGCGACUUAUCGCAAGAUCUGAAAUCCGCUCGGGAGAUUGCUACGCAUUUUGAUGUGGAAUUUCACACAGCCGAUUUCUCGAAGGAGUACUGGCUGCAAGUAUUCGAGCCAAUGAUUGCUGACUUCAGUGCCGGCAUUACACCAAACCCGGACGUUUUAUGUAACCGGCAUAUUAAAUUCGAUCGAAUGUUUCGAUAUUGUCAGGACAAACUCGGUGCAGAAAAAAUAGCAACUGGCCAUUAUGCGAGACUACGAGAGCACAAAGAACAAAUGCAUUUACUGCGAGGCUUAGAUCACAGAAAAGAUCAGACAUUUUUCCUGGCCGCUGUUAAAAGAGAAGCGUUGAAAUUUACUGAAUUCCCUAUAGGAGAACUACCUAAAAAGCGCGUGAAGCAGAUUGCCAUUGAAAUGGGUUUGCCUUCACUGGCGCAUCGCAAGGAAUCGACGGGUAUCUGUUUCAUAGGCAGGCGAAAGUUUUAUAACUUUAUCGACGACUACGUUGAGCCGCAGCUAGGAAAUUUUGUUGAUGUAGAUAGUGGCAAGAUCGUCGGAAAGCAUACGGGUAAACACCAUUGGACACUAGGCCAAAGAGCUCGCAUUGAAACCUUGGGCAAGCCAUACUACAUCGCAGGAUUACCGCCAGGGAACGAUGUCAUGGUUUGCAAGGGACAUUCGCAUCCGAGGCUUUUAUGCGACAGUUUCAAGGCAAAGAAUCCUCAUUGGAUAAAUGAAAAGUUUCGCGGAUGGACAGGAUCACUGGACUUUAAGACGCAACAUACCGACCCAGUGGCACGAUGCCGUCUGGUUGAAAAUACUGACAACGUGAUAAGAAUUCAGCUUGGUCACUUUAAACGAGCGAUCACUCCAGGGCAACAUGUGGUCCUAUAUGAUAAUGAGGAAUGUGUUGGAUCGGCAAAAAUAGAUAAAUUAGGGCCAUCACUCGAUAAGGUUUUAUAAAAUUGAAUGAUAAACAGCCAUUAUUAUUAGCAUUUGUAAUAAUAAAAAGAUAAUCUUGUAAUUAAUGCAAAUUGUCGUUUUUCCUUAGCAAUCGUAGGAUACGAUAAAAAGCGAAUACAAAAGCCAACCCGGGUGAGAAUUCGGUAUCCUAAACAACUUACAAUCAAGUCAAAUUAGAGAUGGAGUCGCUGCAGCUUGUCGUCAUAGCUCCCUGGAACUUUUACGUUGAACCAUUCCUUUAACAAAAGUUCAAGUUGAAAAGUCAUGGACCAUCCGCCAAGCGAAGUCGAUACGAAGAGGCAAAAUCGAAACUGGAAAAGGCGACAGCGCCGCAAGGCAGCCAAGAAGAAGGCCAGGCUUCGGUAUUUCGCGCUGCGUACAGAUUUAACAUCGACAAAGGACCCGAAUGCGACUAAUAAAGGUAUCAUGCUAGCUGAUUACAAGGCCACAGAUAGUAGCGAGGAAGCUUCAAACCAAAGGAACAUUAGUGAUUCGACACAGCGUGAAGACAUGGUAGAAUUGCAAGAAAUUAAGUUUAUACCCCAUAGUAAGCCUUUAGGAGCCACGGACCGAAGGACAGGAACAGGGUCAUCCGACAUAUCUAAUAACACAAGCUUGCAGUUAGACAACAAAAACCUACACAAGCUCAUCAGUGAGAUUCAAAUGCGAAUUCGUAGGCUAGAGAAGUUGCAUGAACUUCGGAGGCGUUUACUGUUGAGGCAUUUUUGGAAAUACAGCAAAACAGGUGAAACAAAGUUCACGCUCGUUUUCGAAAACCUUAUGAAAAAACUAAGAAGUCUUCUUGUAGAUUUGAAUGCAGAAGAAGCGAUGGACGGUAACAAUAAAAAAAUCGUAGAGGCAAAAACGAAUUACGGAAAAUCAAACCGCGUUCCGGAUAUCGAAGUGGCCCUUUUUGGUGGAAAACGUCAUAUCCCCUUGCAUAGUGCAGAAGAACUGGUGGACGUGCGACGUCAGUGGGACGCCUAUGAAAGUACCGAGGGGCAGACGGUGCCAGUUCGAUGGGUUGAGGCGCCGAAAGAGCCCACCGAAGAAUGGGCAGAAUAUCUCGUCCAGUAAGCUGGCUUUAUAGUCCAGUUGGAACAAAAGGACUGUCGGUCAUUUGGAGAUGCAGCAUGCUAAAUAUAGACAGCAGCAGCUGGCAACAAUGGAGGUGCUUUAGUGUUUUUAAACGCAUUUUAUAUAUAUAUAUAUAUAUAAUUUUUUUUUUUAUAAAUAUAGCCUCUUAUAAUAUUGCACCAACAGAAGAGUAAUUCCAACAAGUAUUUGAGAGUACCUUUAGGUUUGACAACGACUACAGCACGACUGUGUUACCGUUCAGCAUACAUUGGAUAUAAUCAGUCAACGCCAUCAAAUAUUUACCCGUUUAACAAAGCCACUGCAACGCUCUGAAGUUAUAUAUCCAUAUAGGGAAAACCUGCCUUCUAGUGCACAGUUUAUUUGUAAGUGAAACGCUUUGAGUUCUACGUAAACCGAAGCUGUAGGAUCGUAUUACGUACGCUUGGCUUUCUCUGCCCAGCUGCACCAUAGACAUUGUAUCUACCAUUUGUGGGUGUUGGUCAGCGAUAGUAAGCAAGUUUUUCCAGAAGAAGCUAAUUUGAGUUUUCCAGGCUCUCUGGUAGUGGUGUGCUCUGGGCUGUUAUUAUAUGAAAAAGUAUCAUUUGGACCAUAUAUACUAGGGCGUUGUCCCAGUCAAAACGGUCUUCCAAAAACAAGAUAAAGCAUUUUGGUUCUCGGCGGCUCUUUUGUAUUAAAGCACCGCACUCCACUUGAAAACUCUCAAAGAACCUUAGCAAAUAGCUGAAAUUCGUUGUGUCCAUUCCCUCAUUUUGCCCGUCGUUCUUAAUUAAAGCUUCAAAAGUCCGAAGUAGUCGCUGGUAAUAUGUGCUAGGUACUAUGUAUUAACAGCGGGAGUUCGUUGUUCAUACAGACCUUUUACUCCACUCACAUAAACUCAACGAAGAACUUGAUAUAAUGCCACUAUAAAUGAAUAGCUUAUAGAGAAUCGUUUUAUAAACCAAAGAUUACGUAGAAUUAUUCCAAAUGUCUCUAAAACUGUUGUGAGCACCAAUGUUUUAAUCAUAAAAGCUUUAUCGUUUCACUAUAUAUGCGGGUGUUCGUCGUAAUUGUAAGUAAUACUAGUGGUUAUAUGUUUUUGAAAAAACAGGCAUAUCGGUAUAAGUAAUUUGUGAUGUAUAUCGAUUUGUAAUGUUAUAUAUGCGGAGGCACAAUAUUGUCGUGUAGGUAUUAUAUAUAGGGAUUGUGUGGAACUUCUACAUGUGAAUAAAUGCAACCAA